UUUACCAACAAUUGGUAUUGUCGUCGUACUAAUAGUCUUAACUAUUAUGUAUAGAAGAUGCCAAAGAAGGAGUACAACUCUACCAAUUAAAGAUGAUUUGUUGUCUUUGAAAACACCGAGAAGAAUUUCACAUGCUGAACUUUCACGAGCAACUGGAUUUGAGGAUAGCAAUAUGCUUGGUUCAGGGAGUUUUGGAUAUGUAUAUAAAGGGAGGCUUUCAGAUGGAAUGGAAGUUGCAAUAAAAGUUUUCAAUUUGCAAACAGAGGGAGCAUUUAGGAGUUUUGACAUUGAAUGUGAUGCUAUGCGUAAUAUAGUUCAUCGUAAUAUUGUGAAGGUCAUUACUUGCUGCUCAAGUGUUGACUUCAAAGCCUUGGUGCUUGAUUACAUGUCUAAUGGAAACCUUGAGAAAUGGUUACAUUCUGAAAAUUGUUUCCUUGAUAUCAUACAAAGGGUCGACAUAAUGAUAGAUGUUGCGGUAGGUAUAAAACACCUCCACAAUGGACAUCCAACAGCUAUAACUCAUUGCGACAUAAAACCAAGCAAUAUUUUACUAGAUGAAGACAUGGUUGCACAUGUUGGAGAUUUUGGCAUUGCCAAAUUGUUGGGGGAAGGUGAAGUAAUGAAGCAAACCAUGACUCUUGCAACUAUCGGGUAUAUGGCACCAGCAAAUUGUAUUUCAUCUAUCAUGGAGUUGGCUUUGAAUUGUUCAGCUGAGUUACCAGAAGAAAGAAAAGAUAUGAAAGAUGUUGUGGUUGAGCUGAAGAAAAUCAAACAAAGGUUGCUAAACAACAUCCAACAUUUUUAACAGAGAUGAGACAAGUAUAACACAAUGGUCUUAAUUGAGCUAGCUUGCCUCAUCAGGUAAUUUGCUACAUUCCAUUUAUUUAGAGUUAUUUGGAAUGUUUAGUAUUUAAUAUUGUCAUAGUUGAAAGUAUCAUUCAUAAUCUAAUCUAAUUGUGUUUUUGGCAAGUGGUUGUUGAUCAAGGAAAACUAAACACAUCUUUACUAUCAUGUUCUACAAAACAAAGAGACUUUUUUCUCGAUGAAA